CAACUUUCGAGCAUCAAGUCCCUGACCUUCGAGUCGUCCAUUCGUUGUCCUCAACCUAAUACUAUCCUUAAUAAUUCAAUCUCGCCAACCCUCUUCCAACCUCUUCCACCACCCACUUCAUCCUUUACUUUUCAAGUUCUAAUACCCAACAAUCAAAAUGCGUUACACCAUUGCCAUCGCUGCCUUCGCCGGCUUCGCCGCCGCUGCUCCCGGCUACAACGCCUACCCGGCUUACCCCGUCGAGACUCCCAGCCAGCCUCCUGCUGCCUCAACCGAGUCUUGCACCACUGAGGUUCCUCACCCAGCUACCUCCUCGGUCCCCGUCUACCCGGUUGAGACUCCCUCCAAGCCUGCUACUUACCCUGCUGUGACCCCUUCGGUCCCCGCUCCCCAGCAGAGCUACCCUGCUGAGACCCCCUCGGUCCCCGCUCCUCAGCAGAGCUACCCCGCUGAGACCCCCAAGGUCCCCAGCCCUGACACCACCACCUCUUGCUUGAGCUCCACCACCAUCACCGUCACCGUCCCCUACCCUACUGGUACUGGUGUUCCUCCUUCUCCCUACGUUCCUGGCAAGCCUUCCGUCCCUGUUGCUCCUUACCCAUCGGCCCCAGGUGGCGGUGCUCCCUACCCAUCUGUCCCUGCCGGUACCGGUGUUCCCCCUCCUCCUGCUGGCACUGGAUACCCCACCAAGACCGGUGGUUACAUCAAGCCUUCCACUCCUGCUCAGUUCACCGGUGCCGCCUCUGCUCUCAACGUCGGUGGCUUCGUUGCUGGUGUCGGUGCUUUCGCUGCUUUCUUCUUGUAAAUGUCAUCUUCUUCAAUCCAGCUUGCUACUUAGUAGGCUAUGACUUUACAUGAGUGCAUUGCAUAGAGGUUUAGGUCUUCGCUUAUAGGUGCGCCCUUGGUAUCGCAAAGGGUAAUUGUAAUUAGUUGGGUUGAUUUGUAGCAAUUGAACUUGAAACACC